UUCUCCAACCAUUACCAAUUUCUUUCUUACCCGCAAUCCCUAAUUCAAACUUUUAAAAGAAAAAAAAUUUAUAGUAAUUUUUUUGUUUUGUUUUUGUUUUAUGGGGAAAUCAGUUCCUUCUCCAACUAAGCUUCAAGAUUUUGCGAGAAUUAUCGGCUCAAACACUCCCCGCCGCCGCCCCACCCAAGUCAAACCCCCCGUAUCCAGAACCCGGUCCGUUUCGCCGGCCGAAGGACCGAAGCUCAAGGGGCUUGUUGGAGGCUUGGAAUCGCCAUCGUCGGAGCGGCGACUGAGGAGGAACAAGAUGGAGGAGGAGAGUUCCAACGGAAACUCGUCGGAGGAGCAGCGGCUGCGGAGGAUACCACUGGCCGAAGUGGUGACGGACUGCGUCAGACGGUGGUUCCAGGACACCCUCAAGGAGGCCAAGGCCGGCGACAUCUCCAUGCAGGUGCUUGUGGGUCAGAUGUACUUUAGCGGAUAUGGCGUGUCCAGAGAUGCCCAGAAGGGAAAAGCAUGGAUAAGUCGGGCAUCCAGGACUCGGUCUUCAGCAUGGAAAGUCAGUGAUAAACGUCCAGGUUACAAUGUUAGUGAUUCAGAUUCUGAUGAUACUGCUGGUGAGGCUAAAUAAGAGAAGAUGCACUUGCUCUUCAAAAAAAACAAUGGUUGCAGUGUUUUUCAUGCAGCAUCACCGACAAGCUCGGAAACUUGUGUCAUAUCGCUCUGCUGUUGAACCUCAAGUUCAAAUUUUUAUUUUCUUUUUUUCGAUUUUUCUUUAUAUUUCUCUUGCUUGUAUCCAUCAUAUCCAUAUCAUCAGUGUAUCCGUGGAAAUUUGACAAAGUGUUUUCCCUUCUCUAUUUGUUGGUUUCUCCGUACUCUUGAUGAUUUGUGUUAAUGUGUUAUUCCUGCCCAACUGGAAAUCUUUUGAUUUUUAUACUUUGUUUAGUAGAUUGAUGAUAAUAUUCA